UUUAAAUUGUCACCAACGAGUUUCGCCAAGCUAUUGGACAAAGUCGGCCGCACGCAGCACACUCAAGGCAUGGCCGUGCGGGACUACCAUUACACGGAUGCAAUCUCUCCAUACACAGAUUUCGACCGCCUCGAUGAUCUACAUCUAAACCCCGACCUGUCGUCGCCCAGCUUGGACGAGACAAUGAAUCACAUCGUUCAGGUCGAGUCCGCCAGGGCACGACGAGGAGUCUCAGCGACCACCACCCGAAGACCAUCGCUGGAUGCAGGUAGGUCUGAUGAAAGGAGGUGGUUUCCAAGAAGACUCUUCCCCAAGCACUCGUUGUGGGACUCGAACGUGUUGUGGGCAGCGUUGGCGGCACUGGUGUUGGCCACGUCGUCGAUGGCUGUCGUUGGUUUCACGCUACUGGCUCGUCCGUCGCCGUCAUCGUUAGGCGUCCACUUCGCCUGCGUUGCCCCUCCAGGCGACAAGACCACAGCGUACCUCGACACGUUUCAGGACUCGCAUGCAAUUCUCGGGGCGCUCGUGCAGCUAGCCACGUUUUCCGUGCUCGGUCUCGUGUCGCUCUACGUGGGUAUUCAAUGCAGCUUUAGCCAGCAAAAGGUGAUGUCCAACCCGCACAACUCCAACUUGAUGUCGGCGUUUGUGUUGCCGUGCUAUGGCACGAUCUGGUACACCGUGGCCGUGCUAUCUGUGACAGAGAUCGCAGUCAUUGCAUCCAGCCAAGUCGAAUACGUUCAAGCGCAUCGAAGGCCGUUCUGCAUCGUUCUAAACCUGCCCAGCAUGUGGAUUCGCCACCUCAUUCCCCUGCUGAUGCUUCAAAAGUCAGUGUCCCAGCGCGCCGUGCAUCGCGCCAUCGCCCUCUCUGGCAUCUUGACCGCCGCGGUCCUCAGCGUACUCGUCGAGCCCGACACUUUCCCGAUUGUGUUUAUCGUGUAUCCAAUCGCCGUCAUGUUGCUAAGCGCGUUCGUCAAGUUUGUGCUGCACACGCGAGCAUCGUUCGACUUGUACUUUUACUUUUUGCUCGUGUCAUGUGUGGCCAAUAUAUUACCCCCCGUGGUAUGGCUCGCCGCAGCCGACGCUAGCACCCCCCACGUCGUCGUGAUGCUUUCAAUUGCGGCGCCUGUCGUCGAUGGAGGCACCCUUGCUGCGGUCAUGCUGACGUUGCGGGUGGACACUAUGUACUGGCUUGGGCUAGACACUCCGUCGUCCAACACCAAUGAUCCUGCCAAACUCUACCUUCGCAUGAUAGCCGACCAAGGCAUGGUGUCUUCGUUUUCAACGCGAACGUCCGUGUACGAUGUACACUUUUUGAUUGAAACGUUCAAACAUUGCAUGGUGGACGUGUCUUCGUUGUCGUUGGAAGCCGUGGUGGCGCAGGGGUCGACGGCGGUGGUGCUGCGCGGCCGGCUGCAGCACACCCUCCUCCGGAUACCUCAACCGGUCGCGAUCAAGUUGUACACGACUUUAUUCGUCACCGAUGACGAAGUGCAUUUGUUUUCCAAGGAAACAGCAUGCAAUGUCCAGUUGUCACAUCCCAAUAUAGUGCGCUUCUUUGGACUGUGUGUGGUACCGCCGAGCGUUUGCUUGGUGUUUGAAUUUUGCGAUUUGGGGUCGCUCGAGUCGAUUCUGCAAUCUCAACGGAGAUCGGGGGAGGGUUGGGACCUCCGCGUGAAGCUAAAAGCAUGUGUGGAUGCCUGUCGAGCAGUCGCAUACCUCCACAGCUUCCAGCCCCCGCUGCUGCACCGGUAUAUACUGUACAGUAGAAGUAGUACCACAUCCAUAACUAUGUAUAGGACAAACAAGAGUUAGUGUUUAUAAAGUAUAAUAUUUAUUUAUUUAUUGCCUUGCUUAUACAUCAGUUGGGUGGUAGGGACAUCAAGACGGCGAAUUAUUUGCUGUCGUCGACGGACGGAUUGCUCAAGCUGAGCGACUUUGGCGAAUCCAAUUUACUCGGCCCCAAGAACGACGGCACUAUGACUGUUGUGGGCACCGUGGACUUUAUGGCCCCUGAAAUGAUCAUUGGCGGCAACACCAAGAGCGCUGUGUACGGCCCUGCCGCCGACGUGUACAGCUUGACUGUGACACUGUGGCAUAUUUUGGUGCCUGGGGAGGCGCCGUGGCGGGGCCGGUCGCACUUCGACGUGUACACGGAGAUCAUCCAAGGCCAGCGACCCCGACUGCCGCCCGACCUCCCCCCCGGCUGCGUCGAGCUGCUCGAGUCCGGGUGGUGUCCUCAACCUCACGACCGACAGCCCAUCGAUGUCAUGGUCCAGCGCGUGCUCGAGUUGUACAGACCCUUUGCCCAACAAGAUAUGGCACCUCGACAAGUCAACCGAUCUGCGUCCAAGCGACGAAGCAGUGUCCUCGCAUCAUCCUUUCUGUCCAAGCAAAACACAACCCCACCCGAAUCAGAAUGAACAAAAAGAAUUAAUUAUUUACCUACUAUGUACUUACUAUAUCAGUUUGU